AUGAUCUACCUCGACUACAACGCGACGACGCCCGUCGACAAGCGUGUCAUAUCGGCGCUGACGCAGUGCUUGGAAGAGACGUACGGCAACCCGUCGUCGACGCACCAGCUCGGGCAGGCGGCCAAAGCGGCGCUAAGUACCGCCCGCGCACAGGUCGCCGCGCUCCUUGGGUGCCCAUCGGAAUCGAUUCUCUUUGUCUCGGGUGGCACCGAGUCGAUCAACUACGUGCUCAAGGGCAUGCUGGCGUCGCACAAGGCGCAGCGCCACAUCAUCACCGUAAGCGUCCGAGACGAGCAGCACAUGGCGUCCUGA